AUGGAUGUGUGGGACUCAGUUGCGCGCAAUCUUAACACACUCGACGAGUUCAAUCGACGUCACUUCGAUGGUAAAAAAGCGCAAGCACGGUUCAACCUACUUCUCCGAGACCACAAGGAGAGGAACGUUGCAUCACAUCGGGCUUCGGGAUCCGAUGAAGUUGUAGACGAGCGUGUUGUGCUAUUGGACGACUUGAGCUCGCAGGUCGAAGAGGCCAAGAAAGAAGAAGCGGAUCCUGCAGACAGUGAGGCGGAGGCAGCAGCUCGUGCUGAGGAGUCUGCUGUUUUAGUUCGAGAAGAAGCAAUGAAUUCGCAAGGCAAGCGCAAGAAUCGUGAAGGUGACGAUGAAGCUGCAGGUGGCAAGAUGCUCAAGGUCCUGACGCUGAUGAAUGAUGCGAACAAGAGUGAGCUGGAGCUGCGGAAGUUUAUGUUCGAGUAG